GACUGCCGGAGCAGGAGACAGAAGCUUUCUGGGAUGCUCUCAGUCUCAUGUAGGAAAACCACGGAUGCAGCCUGGUGCACAGACAGUGGAACUUUUUAAGUGCUUUAUUUUGUUCGGGGACAUCUACCUCUUUUCUUAACCUGCCGCGGCUCUUUUGCUUCUCUCUCCCGUCCUUUGCGUGGAGCGAACUAGACUUCCGCGCCGGGCCUUUGCUCUCCGGUGCUGGCGGCACUGCUACUGACUCUAUAUGGCUGAAUAAGAGUGGCAGCCUGCGUCGGUGGUUUUGUCCGAGGGGAGGUUUUGUGAAGUCACAGUCGGGACCAGGACCAGCAGGUGGAGGAGGAUGGCUGUGGCUCUGGAAGAAGUCUGGGGACGGGUGAAGAACGUCUGCAAGCAGAACGGUCUGCUCAUCUUGUCCGUGUUGGCCGUGGUUAUCGGCUGCCUGCUGGGCUUCUUUCUCAGAGGCAAGCAGCUCUCAGAACAGGAGGUGAAGUAUUUCCAGUUCCCCGGAGAGCUGCUCAUGAGGAUGUUGAAAAUGCUCAUCUUGCCACUCGUGGUGUCCAGUUUGAUGUCCGGUCUAGCAGCCCUCGAUGCCAAAUGCUCCAGCCGGCUGGGCAUCAUGACCAUCUCCUACUACCUCUGGACCACCUUUGUUGCAGUGGUGGUGGGCAUCAUCAUGGUCUACAUCAUCCACCCAGGCGGCGCGGCUCAGAAGGAGGACUCGGAGGACAGCAAAAAGCCGAUGACCAGCUCGGCCGAUGCGCUCCUGGAUCUCAUCCGCAACAUGUUCCCAGCAAACCUGGUCCAAGCUACAUUUCAACAGUAUCGAACCCAGCGAGUGCCAGAGCUUAUCCCCAAACCGACAGUGGCCCAGCUCAUGGACGAGACGACCACGCGGCGGGUCUACAUCUACGGCAUCCAGGACGACAACAGCACUGACAUCCAGAACUUCUCCCUGGACCUGACGCCGCCUCCGGACGUCAUCAUGAAAACGUCCCCCGGGACCAGCGAGGGCAUGAACGUUCUCGGGAUCGUCAUUUUCUCCGCCACCAUGGGAAUAAUGCUGGGGAGGAUGGGGCCAAACGGAAGCGCGCUUGUCAACUUCUGUCAGAGCUUGAACGAGGCGGUUUUAAAAAUAGUCGCGAUUGUUAUCUGGUAUUUCCCCUUCGGCAUUGUGUUCCUUGUUGCCGGUAAAAUCCUGGAGAUGGACGACCCGUCAGCUAUGGGGAAAAAGCUGGGAUUCUACGCGAUCACGGUGGUCAUGGGCCUCAUUCUCCAUGGCCUUUUCAUCCUCCCAGCCAUGUACUUCUUCAUCACCAAGAAGAGCCCCAUCGUCUACAUACGAGGAAUCCUACAGGCUCUUCUUAUAUCUUUGGCCACCUCUUCAAGUUCUGCCACGCUGCCUAUCACCUUCAAGUGCCUCCUGGAAAACAAUCACAUCGACAGACGCAUCAUUCGCUUUGUGCUUCCAGUCGGCGCCACCAUCAACAUGGACGGCACGGCGCUCUACGAGGCAGUGGCGGCCAUCUUUAUUGCCCAAGUCAAUAACUAUGAACUUGAUUUUGGACAGAUCAUCACGAUAAGCAUCACUGCCACGGCAGCCAGCAUUGGUGCAGCUGGAAUUCCACAAGCAGGACUGGUUACCAUGGUGAUCGUGUUGACUUCAGUGGGUCUGCCCACCGAUGACAUCUCUCUCAUCAUAGCUGUUGACUGGGCUUUGGAUCGAUUCAGGACGAUGGUCAACGUGAUGGGCGACGCCUUAGCCACGGGGAUCAUGGCUCACAUAUGUCGGAAGGACUUUGUCAAAGAGGGUGAACAGGUUCCUCUCAUCUGCGAGACAAAGCCCAUGAUCAGCAUCCAGCAGAUGAUGACUUACCAGAACCAGAAAAACGGCUGUUACCCGCCGCCGCCGCAGUUCAUCAAACACGACCAUCUGUCCCCCGACGUGGCCCGUCUGAUCCAGCUGGAGGAGGGGAUUCGACCCAUCGAAAAGAAAAAGCACGGUCACUCGUCUCACCACAAGCGAGAUCACAGGGACAAGGACCACUGUUCCGUCGACAUGAACGGCCUGGAGACUAACGUUUGAAACCCCCAUCACCGUGGACACAGACACGGCGAUUGACAAUCGCUCCUCUGAGACAGAGCGCUCAGAGCGGAGAGGGAAAAAGACCUUUUUAAAUUAUGACCCACAUUUGAUUGUGUAUGUUAUUGUGUGUACAUAUCUCUACCAGCGCCAGGGGUCCAACUCUGACCGACACUAAACCGGAUAUGAGGCGCCCCUUAUCGCUGGUUUCCAUCUGCAAGUCUUUGAGGCGCACAUACGGACAUGCUAGCUUAUCGCAAUCCUUUUGAUCUACGGACCGCAGAAAUGGAGGAAACCUACUACUAUCACUUUGAAUGGAAACCUUGCCCAUGACUAAGAUGAUCACAAAUCAUUUUUAAAAUAAAUAUUUGCCACUCAAGGGGCAAUUUUUCUAACGUGUGGAUAUUUGGAGGCGGACUUUUAUGAUACUGUAAAAUGCACAAUAAAGAUGAGGAGAAACGUGAUGAUAUUUGGCUUCA